AUGUCUUCCUCAUCCGACAUCGAGCACUGGCCGGAUGACGACGCCCUCUACGCACAGCCGGCCGCGCCUGCCCCAGGCUACGACGGCAACAACGGGCUCAACCACCAUUCGUACCUUCCGCCGGUAUCAGAAGCACCAAAAUCCGACAUCUCCGCGCCUCGUGACGCUCCACCAGCACCUUCUCAAAUCGUCUACCCACAGCCCAUCUACUACGCUCAGCACCCAGCUCACAUGAUGCCACAGCAGCCGCAGCCUCAGUACUACUCACACGGCCAAGCUGUCUACGCCAUGCCACCAGGCCAGCCGCAACCAGUCUACUACGCCGCUCCACCAGCAGGUCCGCGGCCAGCACCUCAGUACUACACUUACGCCACCGCACCUGUCCCCACUCCAGCGCCAGCACCGGCUCCAGCCUCCGCCAAGCCAGCCAAGUCAGCAAAUUUCCACGUCUAUCAGCCAAUGUCUGAGAAGAGUGAGAAGGCCGCCGUGAGUGAUGGCAACAUGUGGCUCGGUCGCACCAAACAGCAGGUGGAGGAGGACAACAUGAAAAUUGCGAAGAAGGCAGGUGCUUACGACAAGCGCAAGAUUGCACCGAUUGUGGAGGACGACAACACACUCUUCUGGGUGAACGAGCUCGACAAGACUCAGACUGUUCGUGAUUAUCGCUACAUCAAGACCGUCCCAGGACACUGGGAGAACCAUCCUCAGUUCCCGGGAGCUUACUACUUCGUGGUCGAGAAGGAUGAGCCUGAGGGCAAGUAG